AUGACGCCAACACAGUCAUCUACAUCUGCAUCUUCAUCAUCAUCACCAACACCAUCAUUGACCAGUGUUGGUGGAAAUAGUAAUAAUAAUAGUAAUAGUAAUAAUACUGGAAAGACAUAUGGAUCACCUGUUACAAUCAAUUCGUCGACAUCUCCAUCAUCUGGUUCAUCAUCAUCGUCACACAAGACCAGCCGUGAUGAGGACUCUUCCAACUCAUCGGCACAGGCCAAUGUCAAGAAGAGACGUUAUGUGAUCGACAGCUCACACACAUUCCACUGGUUGCCAUACUGCAAGGACUACUGGCACAGGAUCGGUUCAUACACCUCUCGUACAGACUUACGCCCACCAGAGAUAUCAGUGCUGGCAGAGAAGGGAUUCUCAUACUCAACAGUGGACAAUUCUUGGGUGUAUUAUAGAAGGAAUCACUUCCAAUUGGGCAUCACGAUCAAUCAUAUGAUAAAGAUGGAGGAGUCACACCCUAUGAUCAAUAUUAAUGGAAUAGAUUGCCCAGUCGAGGGCCUGUACAUGAGCAUCCGUGGCGUCAAGACCGGCUCGACGGUGCUGCCCACCGAGGAGGUUGAGGUCGAACUGUACCAGACCAACUCAAAGCGUGAGAAGAACAAGGAGAAGUUGCCUCCACCCGUCGCCAUCACCUCGGAUCGCGUGACAAUCAGCCGUCUGCACUUCCGUAAGGCCACAUCCAACAACGCACGCAAGCACAAGCAGCCCAACCCUCAGCAGGAGUUCUUCCGACUGGUGCUGACCAUCUCGGCUCGCUACCAAGGCCACGACUACUGUAUCUGCUCAUACAUCUCUGAUCCACUGAUCGUGCGUACUGGUCACCCGGCCAACGUACAAGUAUCUGAGGGAGGCACGAUGGUCAUGCCCGGUUCGCCCUCACAGACUGGCGGCUCUGAUGAGUCGCCAUUGGUCACUUCGAUGGCGGCGUCGUCCUCAUCCGGAUUGCAAUCGUCACUCCUAGAGUCCAAUUCCAUGGACCUGGCUGGUGGUGUACUGAUGUCAACAUCCCCUGCCGGCGCGUCAAUGUCCACACCACUUGUCAAGCAAUCAUCAUCAAAGAAUGAUAGCUUCACGAACCAUCCAUCACCUCUACAUCUAUCUCCACAUUCAUCGCCACUGAGCCAACAACAGCAACAGAUGGUCGGUGGUAGUGGAGGAUUUGGUGCCAUGACAUCAUCAUCGCCAUCACAACCAUCUGAGGACAUGCCAAUGCCAAUGGCCAUGGCCCCAGCCCUAUCUAGCCAUCUCUCGUCACCACAAUCACAUCAUCACUCAUCACCAUCACAACACCUCGACAACAACAACAACAACUGCUCAGUCGACCCAAACUCUCAUAUGAGGGCAAAUGCCUCUUCCACAAUGUUGGCUUCGCCACUUGCCCUCAGCACCACCACCACAACAACCACCACCUCCCACGGGCCAAGACCUUCCUUUGGCUAUGGCUAUCCCCACAACCCAGCAUCAAGUGCACCCAUACGACCAACAACAACAACAGCAGCAGGGCAUGAUGUACUCCCACCUAUCUUCAUCGCCGUCCCCAUCGCCCCUGGCAUCCACACCGGCGGGCUACAUGCUCGGAGACCCGUACCAGACAUCGCCGCUGACCUCGCCAACAAUGACGACGACGACGAUGACUGCCUCCUCCUUCUCUCCCUCGCAAAACAUAAACAUGGAUGCGGGCACCCCAAGUAG